AUGAUUUAUUCUCGUUUCAAGUAUUUCAUAUUUUUUUUAAUAAUUGUUGAAAGUGAUUGUGUCUCAAAGAUUGAUACUCAACAUAAUUUCCAAUUAAAAUUUGUGUUCAUUGUAAGUAUUACAUAUUUAAUACUCUAUUAGAUAUUUCUUUGCAUUUCUACCUACUAAUAAAUGCUGAAAAUAAUUAAAAUAUGAAACCUUGAAAAAUAAAAUUCAUGUUAGGCGUGUCUAUCUACUUCUGAAUCCACACAACAUGGUCAUGUAUAGACUACCCAUACCAUAUGUAAGACUACCUGCUUUACCACUUAAACAAAAAAAGGUAUCUAAUUUAUAAACAUUAGGUACCAUGUAAUAAUAUAUGUGUGCCAUAUAGUUUUGAGUAGGUAUGCAGUGUUUUUAUUAUGGAAUAUUGUUUGUUAUCCACAAAUAUAAUAAUUGUUGACUGCUGAGCCAUAGACAAGAAAAACCAUCAUGGUCUCAAUAAUGGGUAGGUACCAAAUUAUUAGGUGGGGAAAAACCGUAGGAAAACGUACAAUUACACGAUUUCAUUAUUUUUUUAUUAAAAAACACAGCUGUUUUCUACCAGAAAAAAUGAUUUAAUCGAAAAAUCACAAAACACCUUUUGUUGCCUUUUUAAUUUACUUUCUUACUGUAUCACUUUAACCACUUUUGAGUUUGUAAAGAAUUUUAAUUUUUGGGAGUUUUUUGCUGUAAUUCGGUUAUAAAUACAAGUAGAGACUUGAAACUUAGUAAUAAUACUUAUAUUGGACUUACCUAGACGUAGUCAAAUUUCCAAAUUCAUCGGACGACUUUUUUUUUUUAAUAAGCGUUUUGAAAUCAAAUUUACGAAAAUCGUAAGAAAAAAAAUACGGCACUUCAAAUUAAGUAUUACCGAACUGCGCUCGGAUUGUUUUUCGUCAAGCAAUGGCUUAUCGUUGCUUAUAGAUAUAAAUGAAAUAGCUUAUCCUACCUCUCCAACUUCUCACCUACAACAGUAGCCGCUCCCAUCCCCAGAAUCAGCUUUUUUUUUUCAAAUUAAUAAAUUCAAUCAAAUUAGUAAAAAUUGUAGGGAUAAUGAUAUUGCAUUUAUUUUAAAGGUUCUUGGAGUAAAGGAGGUUUAGAUAAGUACUAAUAAUUUUCGUAUUAUAAAUCGCGCAUUAUUGUACAUAAUAUAUUAUACACCCUGAAAAUGUACUGAAAAGAAUUACUAAUGAGGAGAAGAAGUACUGUCUUAGGUACUUAUAUAUUCUAUAAAUGGCCAUCGCUGUUUGUCAGACAAAUAGAAAUUAAUCUGCCCGGGUAGGAAUAUUAUUAUUUUAAGAUUUCUGUGUGCAACACACUUUUGCGACAUUUAUAGUUGAUGAGGCACAUGAACCGGGCACCGGUGAUCGAAUACUGCAAGAACGAUGUGGUGAAGUGGCCUCAUGGCCUUAGCGCGCUGACUGACGAGGGCAUAUGGAAUGCUUAUCGCGCCGGCCAAAAACUGCGUAAGCGUUACAUCGGAUUUUUGGACUCACUACGGGGGUAUACACCAGACGAAAUUGUGGUGUCCACCACGCCAGUCGAAAGAUGUUACCAGACAGCCGGUUACUUGUUGGCCGGUAUGUACCCUCCCAACGUGCAGCAAACAUGGAACAAGCAACUGAAAUGGCAACCGAUACCCAUCAAAACCAGUCUGUCCAAAGACCAUCAGUCGGUGAGUGUUGUCUUUCUGAAUGGUCGAUCAGUCGCAAUUUUUAUAAUCAUCUACUUUGCAAAACCUCUCUUAUUAUUAUUGUCUCCUGCGGUGAUGGGAUACACGUUGCAAGUGCACAAUUUUCAAAAGACGCUGAACAAUAGCUUAUUUCGGUAAAUUUGUGAAAUGUACACCUGAUAAUUUCGUUUAAAAUUAAAACAGUUUACAAGGAACCCAAGGAUGUGUCCGACGUACGCUGCAGAAUUACACAACGCGACUGAAACUUUCAUGAAAACAGACAGUGUCCAAAAAUUAAUCAACUCUUUGAAAAUGUAUACGUCAAAACCAUUAAAUACGUGGCGAGAUGUAUUAGUAGUAGCAGAUGCCAUUCUGACCGAAGUGAGCCCCUAUAGAUUAAAUAGACACUAUUUAAAAUAUAUUUUGAUUUUAAGAAAAACCAUCCUUAUAAUUAAAAGGGUAUAUCAAAUACAUUUUAUGUUUCAUAUGUUUAAUAUUUUUAAUAUGAUUUAUUCAGCAUCUGGCCAACUAUUCAAUUCCGAAUUUUACAAUGGAACAAUAUAGCAAUAUUGAAGAAUACAUCUUAUCUGUUAUGAAAGUGUUAGUUAAAACAGAUAAAAUGAAACGUUUAUUCUCGGGUAGGUAAUUAUAAAUGUGUACAAAUCACUAUCAGAAUAUCGUAUAACAAAAAUAUUACCAGUAUAAAAUGUAUCUGCAUUCAGCAAUAUAAUUUAUUUAUUCAGCCAAAUUAAUUACAAUUUAUUAGCUGAUACGUUUACCAAAUAAGCUAUAACUCGUAUCUGAUAUAUAGAGUUUAUGAAUAUUAUUCAAUAGUUAACGCCAUAUUUCAUUAUAUCUUUAUAUGAUAUUUUGCCGGUAUACCAAUUUAUACUUCUACAUUUUAUUAGUAAAUAACACAAUUAAAGAUAUUUCUUUAAUUGUGGUAACUAAUGAAAAAUAUUUUUAUUUUUAUUUGUAUGUAUCAAAUUGAAGGCGAUAUGUUAAAUGAUGUAUUAACAAGGAUGGAGGCAUCAAUGAAUAAGUCACUAGAUGCAAAAAAAAUAUACUUGCACGUGGGUCAUGACUCGACCAUAAUUCCUUUUUUUAAAACACUUAACAUAGAGAAUAUAACACAUCCACAUUUUGGAGCAGCUAUUAUAAUGGAGUUGUACAUAACACCUUCCAAUGAAACAGUUGUAAAGGUAAAAAAAGAUAUAUAUACUAGGUAAAUUGAUUAUUAAUUUAAAUAAAUAAUUAGCUAUUAUACAAUAAAGACCAUAAAUGGAAAGAAUCAGACAUAAAGUUAAUCGAAUUGCCUGGUUGUCCACAACCAUGUCGACUAGAAGAUUGGCGUACACACACAAACAAAAUGAUACCUGGUAAUUUAUUUGAAGAAUGCAAUAUUACUAAUAACAAUUAA